AUGUUUUUCUUUAUAAACUUUAUGCAAAUAAAUAGCGUUGCCAAGAAAAUACUAGCUUUUAUACUCGUAUUGUGUUUGGUUAAGGCGAGAACAACACAGGUAUUAUUCCUCACUGCUGUAGCCUGUCACCUCGAUGACAUAAAUGAUGAAUACCAAGAUAUUCUCUCCAAUAAUCACACAGUCGACGAAAACGAAGAGCGACCUUUAGCCAAAUAUGAGGUAACGGAAAUCAUCGAAGAACUACCAAACACAGUAACUUUAGGACCCAUUAUCACGAACUAUACAAUAUCUAAACCCCUGAACCUAGCUACUACAAAAGCAACGAACACAACAGUUGAAAAUGAAACCAAGAAAAACUACUUGAGUAUAUUACACGUUAAAGUUGAGUAUGAUAAAGAUAAUUUAAACGAUAAAAACCCAAAUGUUUUUAGUAUUAAGGAUUAUAUUAACGGCUUAAAAAAAGGUUUAGUGAGUGGGUUUAAUAGCAUUAUAAAUAAGUUUAGAAAGAAGAAUGUCAACGAUGAAUUGCCUAAUGUCACUGGGUCUGUAAUCUUCAUUAAUAAAUUACGUAAAAGCACUGAUGUAAACAGUAGAGAACAUAAGUCUUGUUUUGAUAGUGUUAGAAAUUAG